AUGGACUUCGACCUCGCCGCUUGUCUACGAGUGGCGCUCCAGAGCAUAUUCCCAGGGGAUGAGGUGGACUUCCAGGAGAGCAAGUGGACGGUGAAGGCAGUGCACGAAGAUCGGACUUUAUCGCUGAGCAACGCUCGGAUGCAACAGCGCGUGCUGCUGCGGGACUGCAAGUUGAAGGUAGCCCGAGGCCGCUUCUGCCGGAGCGUGACGACGAAGCAUCAGGUCACCAUGCUGGAGAGCAGUGUGCGCUGUGAGCUCACAGCUCAGGGCCACGCGCAGAGAGCCGGCUCUCGCGUGCGAGAGGUUCCACGGGAGGGUUGCCACUACCACCUCGAGGUGGCGAGAAGUCAGCCAGUGCCGGCAGACAUGCAGGUCUGCUGCUUGCACGUCGAAGCCGAAGGGAUGGAUCAAGGCUGGGGCAAUACUGGCGACAGUGGCCUCCUUGUCUAUCUUCUGCGGAGCGGAACGCCAGGGGACUUGGAG